UCCCGGCGGAGCGGGAGGGGUUGGACGGGCCGCACACACCCGCUUCCGGCUGGGCGCGAUGCUGGGCCGGGCGGCGCGCGGGACCGGGCGGCUCCUGCUGCAGAGCUCCUGGCGGCCGGAGCCCAGGGCAUGGCUGGCCCCAGCCCCAAAGCGAUGCUCCUCCAGUCUGCCCAUGAACACCGUGGUGCUCUUCGUGCCCCAGCAGGAGGCCUGGGUGGUGGAGCGAAUGGGCAGAUUUCACCGCAUCCUGGAGCCCGGUUUGAAUUUUCUCAUCCCACUGCUGGAUCGGAUCCGCUACGUACAGAGCCUCAAGGAAAUCGUCAUCAAUGUCCCGGAGCAGUCGGCCGUCACACUGGAUAACGUCACCUUGCAGAUAGAUGGCGUCCUGUACCUGCGGAUCAUAGACCCCUAUAAGGCCAGUUACGGGGUGGAGGACCCCGAGUAUGCAGUGACCCAGCUGGCCCAGACCACCAUGAGGUCCGAGCUGGGCAAAAUCUCCCUGGACAAAGUGUUCCGGGAGCGGGAGUCCCUCAAUGCCUGCAUCGUAGAUGCCAUCAACCAGGCCUCAGACUAUUGGGGCAUCCGGUGCCUGCGCUACGAGAUCAAGGACAUCCACGUGCCUCCCCGGGUGAAGGAGUCCAUGCAGAUGCAGGUGGAGGCAGAGCGACGGAAACGGGCGACAGUGCUGGAGUCAGAGGGGACCAGGGAAUCUGCCAUCAAUGUAGCAGAGGGACAGAAGCAGGCCCAGAUCCUGGCCUCCGAGGCCGAGAAGGCCGAACAGAUCAACAAAGCUGCUGGGGAGGCAAGUGCCAUGCUGGCCAAGGCCAAGGCCAAAGCAGAAGCUAUUCGGCUCCUGGCUGACGCUUUGACGCAGCAGAACGGCAACUCAGCUGCCUCCCUGGCUGUGGCGGAGCAGUAUGUGAGCGCCUUCUCCAAGCUGGCCAAGGACUCCAACACCAUUCUGCUGCCCUCCAACACCGGGGACGUCACCAGCAUGGUCACGCAGGCCCUGGGUAUCUACGGCGCCCUGACCAAGCCACACGCUGCCAAGAGCCCGGAAGUGACCCCACCCGCCCUCGAGGUCCCCAAGUGCCCCCCCACAGAGCUGCCUGAGGUGGAUCAGGUGAAUUCCAGCUAGCAGAGGAGCCCAGAAGACAUGGAUCACUGUGAACAAACUGCUGUGGCAGCACCUGUCAUGGAGCAUGGCACC